GACGCCGCGCAGUCCCAGCCCGGAGCUUCAAAACAGCCGGCGCCUCGCCCCACGCGCAGCCCGCCACUGUGUCCAGACGCCUGCGCCCGGUUUGGAUUUGUCCCUCGCUGUCUUUGUUGCCUCAUCCCUCUCUGGACUUCUGCUGCCGCUUUGGCCUUCACUGCCCUGUGACCAUGUUGGUGAUUCUUGCCUUCAUCAUCAUCUUCCACAUCGUGUCUACGGCACUCCUGUUCAUUUCGACCAUCGACAAUGCUUGGUGGGUAGGAGACGGCUUCUCAGCUGACCUCUGGAGAGUGUGCACCAACAGCACAAACUGUACAGAGAUCAAUGACCUGAGCGCCACUGAGGAGUUUGAAGAUUUCUCUGUGAUGCAGGCGGUGCAGGCCACCAUGAUCCUCUCCACCAUCCUCUCCUGCAUCUCCUUCCUCAUCUUUCUGCUCCAGCUCUUCCGCCUCAAGCAGGGAGAGAGGUUUGUCCUGGCGGCCAUCAUCCAGCUCAUGUCCUGUCUGUGUGUCAUGAUCGGGGCUUCCAUCUAUACAGACCGGCGCCAAGACCUUCACCAGCAGAACAGCAAAUUCUACUACCUACUGCAAGAAGGCAGCUAUGGCUACUCUUUCAUCCUGGCCUGGGUGGCCACUGCCUUCACUUUCAUCAGUGGCCUCAUGUACAUGAUCCUGAGGAAGCGCAAAUAGGUGUCAGAAGCCCGGGCACUCUCCCACAGUCUGGCAUCCACGGUCACAUGACCAUUUUGUAUAUAAUCAUUUUUUUUUGUGGUUUUCCUAGCAAACAUAUUGUUUCCUUUAAAAGCUUUUAUGAAGAAGAAGAGACAGAGGAGUUUCUGUGUUGUUGGGAUUACAGGGGAAGGCUGGCAUCCAGAUGCCUGCCUACUGAAAAUCUCACAAAGGCCCAGCAAGAUCAGCCAUGUGGAAAUCCACAAGAUGCUUCUCAUGGGUGGCCCUGUGCUGUGGGUGUGGCCAAAGGUGGGGAAAGCCAGUCUUUGGGAACAGACUCUUUGUAGGUGUCUGCCCUGCCCCUCUUCCCCUGCCCACUCGACUCUGACAGCCACAGGUAGGAUGAUGAGGCCCAAAUGCAGGACGUCUAUGCUCAGAUAUUAAACCUAAGUCCAUGUAAGAAGUGGGCAAAGACUGGCCCUGGUUUGUCUGCAAGGGACCCAGAAUUUCCCAACCCCCUUGCCAUGAGUUAGGUCAUCACACACAUUUAUUGAUGUUUGCUCUUGUUUGCUUUAAGGGUAGUGACCCUUGGCCCAGAUGUAAUGUUUAGGCAUUGAGUAUCCAUAGGUAAUUCCAUAGGGCAUCUAUUACUUGUAGACUCACAAGUCUACUUCCAAGACCCUCAAUCCUUUAUCAAAGGGGGGUAGGCCUGGGUGUCUGAAUUUCUGAUGAGUUCCCUGCAAUAUGGUUAAAUGCACUAAAGCUGGGGUUCAGAGCCCUAGAACUGGGGAGCAGUGCCACCCUGUAAAUGUUACCAGUCUCAUCACAAUGAGAUGACCCCACUGCCAGCCACAUCUCGGCCUCCACCAGCUCUUCCUGCCUCUUCCACGCUGCUUACAUCUGGGACACUAGUGUCCUACUCCCAGGCUAUAGGCUGAGCAGCCUCCUCCCUGACCUACAUGGGAAGGUCUCUCCUUUUCUUCCUGCCCUUUCUAAUGUGGAUGCUUCCUUUAGGCCCCUAUUUCUGGAGCCUCGGAAGAUCCAUCUUCCAUUCAUUCAUCCACCCAUCCAUCAUUCAACAUGAAAGGGUCUUGUCACAUGUCAGGUGCAAGGGAUACUCUUUCAAAACAGUCCCUCAUGAGACUCGAAGUCUAGUAAAGAACACACGCCCUAAGCCAAUUAGAGAAACCACCAACCAUGAUGGAACAGCAGGGAUUCAAAAUGUCCAGGGUGAGAGGGGCCCACUUUCUCUGUGUCUGCUUUUAAGUACCUUGAUGGAUCUCGGUUGCUCUGAACAGAGGUCUACUUGGUCCAAUACUGGGUAGUGCCCACUGGGUUUCACCAGAGAAUACUUCUGUAGAGCAUUCUAUACUCCCCACAGGGAGACAGGAAAGGAUUCCCAGAGCCAUGGCUCUUAAGAUGGUCCUAGAAGGAAAAUCCAAUCAUUUCCAAGUAUUGCCUGGAACAUGAGAUCGUGGGGAGGUUUCCAGUAGUGCUGAAGGAGUGAUGUCCACACUCGAGACCCAGGAGCUCUAUGAUGGCAACCUUCUCCCUCUGAUACCCUUUUCCAGUUUUGAGCAUCGAGUUGGAGAGGUGACUCUGGGACAGGGUGUGUAUAUUUGUGUUCUUUAAACACAUUUGCAUGCUUGAGGAGACGGGGUAUUUGCCACUAGCUCAGUCCCAGUAAAGAUGCGGGAUGUUGGGUCUGAGUGGCUUUAGGGUCAUCAUUGACCUCUCCUCAGUACAAACUGACUUCCCUCCCUCCCUCUCUUCUAUCCUUUCCUUCCUUCCCUUAGAGGGACAGCCAAGGUGACAUGAGGCAGAGAUAGGACAGAUGAUCACCUGUUGCCUUGAACUUUCUGAAGCUCACUGUUGGCUAGAUCGUAGAGUUAGCUCCAUGUCUUGUGAGACCCAGAGAAGGAGGCCAGUCUAAUGUGUUCUCUAUACCUUCGCCUUGGGGGCUUUUCUAUAAUAGUUGCUUUAAAAAUGAUGAUCAUGAUGGAAACAGAUCACCUUAGAACCAGAGACAUGAAAGGCUGACCUGAGCCAGCACAAAUUCCCACCUCAGAAACCCCCAGGGCUACAGAGAUGUCCUUAUCCAAUUGGAAUGGCCCUGUGGGUUGUCCCUGCUUGCCACUGUGACCAGCAUUCAGUGCCUACAGCCACAUAUGACAUGAGAAGUGCCUCUCCCGCUCUGUGCCCUGCGUUUGGGAUCUGAAGAGGUGAGGGUGUAAGGGAGAACAGAUUCGCCCUUCUAAGUAGGAUCAGCUCUCAAGUGGUGCUUAUCGCUAGUUAUCGAAGAACAACGGCAGAGUCAGCUGCAAUAUCCAAGAAGCAAGCAUUAGGACCAAACCUGUCACUGUAUUUAAAGGAACUUUAGUUUGCAUAUCUUACAUUUUUAUAAAGUACUGUAAUUCAGGGGGUGGGGCAUGUGGCAGAGACUGACUAACCCAUGUUUGUCAUUUGCAUUAAAAUUAUUUUGGGUCUCUGUUUAAAGAA